GCAGUAUUAGGCAACUACAUGCACUGUAUGUGUUUUAGAGCGUGGUUGUCAAUAUAACAGAUGUGAAUGAACCACCAACUAGUAUCGGUCUCUCCGGCAACCAUGUUGUCACCAUCGAAACGGUUAAUGGUGACGUCAUUGGAACCUUGACUACAAGUGAUCCAGAUAUUGGACAAGUUCAUAUGUACAUUGUCAUUGGAGGAUAUCAUUUUAUUUUUGAGAUUGUGAACGGUGAUCAGUUGGUAUGCAAAGUAGAUCUGGCAUCGUUUGGACAGGUACUCGGUGAUUACAUUGAUUUAGAAAUCAUGAGUUUUGACAAUGGGAAUCCGCCAAUGUCUUUCAAUGAAACGAUUAGAUUGACAUUCAAAAAACACAACACAAGCUUUGAUUUUAACUUGUCGAAUGACGUUGUUUUGGAAAACAGCACCGCUGGAACUGUAAUUGGACAGUUAAAACAUAAUGGUCGUAUUGACAGCAGAAAAACAUUUGAGGUUGACCAGAUUGAGAAAACAUUCAAUAUCACAGGAAAUAAGCUAUCCCUAAUGCGUACAAUUAACUUCGAUGAACAACCAUCAGUAAGUUUGACAAUUAAAAUGACAGAUGUCAAUUCAAAUCAGCUCAGUGAGAAAAACUUCACCAUAUUCGUCCACCCUUCAAAGCAAUGUGGUAACACAACGUGUGGUAAAAAUGGUCGAUGUAUGUCAGCGAAUGGAUCUUUGGUCUGUGAUUGUCAUGAUGGUUUUAAAGGCGAUGGGAGAACAUGUUACCCUAAUGAUGACUGCAUACAUACUGACUACCUCAAUAAUACGAUAGCAAAUCCUUGUAAAAGUGACAUGAAGUGUAUUGAUAUGGUAAAUGACUUCCAAUGUGAUUGUUUGGAAGGCCUACAAGGAGAGCUUUGUGAAGUGGACGCAAGACCUGAUAACCCAUGCUUGAACUUCCCGUGUUUUAACGAUGGCUUAUGUAUUGCAAACCAAUCAUCUUUGGAGAAGUUUACUUGUAUCUGCACCGUCGGCUGGGAAGGAUAUCUCUGCACAGACAAUGCAGACGAUUGUGAGGACAAUUUUUGUAACGGGAAUGGUAAAUGCAUCGAUGAACACAACUCAUUUUAUUGUGAAUGCAAGGAAGGAUUUGUUGGAGAAUUUUGUCAAACUGUCUUUGAAUCGUGCACCAAUACAUCUUGCAGACAUAACGAGACGUGUAUACCUUAUAUGCCCGAUACAGGAGUGUAUAAUAUCACAUGUGUACACAAUCAAGAGAUCAUUACACUUAAUGUUACAGCAAAUACGACUGAAGAAGAUUCUCAAGACAUUAACUCGGAAUUCGAAACAUUUUUUAUGUCCCACGUCAAUAUGGUAGGAGAGCCUUUGGGUUUACAUCGUAGGCCAAAACGUUCAACCAAUCAGAAUCAGAGCGAGGUUGUUAUUUUCACAAUCGGGUCAAUGUCAGAAGAUGACUAUUCGCUGUUGUCUGUGAUUAUUUUGAACAAAUAUGGUCAACCAUAUUCUAGAUCACAAGUCCUCGAAGCUAUCACUACAGCGUGUUCUCGUAUCAAUGCUGAUGUUGUAGUCGAGGACAUGUUCUGUCCUGCUGUGGAAAAAGCCCUCAAUGAAACAAUUGCAGAAUCAUCACCAUUGCCCUCGGUGAUUCCUACUUUAUAUGAUUCAUCUAUGUCUUCUGUCAUAUUAGAGUCAUCAAUUAUGCCAACUUUGUCCGAUCCUUCUGCGUCAUUUCCAUUGUCAGAUAGCAUAUCUAAAACCUCAUUAUUAUCGACACCUUUAUCAUCUCUGUCAUAUCAAGCUGAAACAUUGAUUGUAUCAAACCCUUUUCAAAGCUCAAAUUUGUUUCUAGAUAGUACCUCGAUGAGAACUCAAAUUCAGCCAACUUCAAUGCUUGAAUCAACGUCCUCCCCUGGUCUUUCUUUAGAUGCUUUAAUGUCAACGACAGUUGAACUAUUUACGUCAUAUCCUGCCUUAAGCUCAUCCAUAUCACCAACUAAAACUUUUAAUCUGACAUCAUCAACCUCAGUAGAAAAUGGUUCUUUUUCACCAAAUUUAUGGAAUCAAAGUAUUUCAUGGCAUAAAACUCCUUUAAUGAAUAUCACGUCCUUCACUCCGAACACGAUGCCCUCAUCUCAUGUGGAUGCCCUUUCAAGCGUUUCUAUGACAGAUUCGCUUGCUAUGUCUCUGUCUCUGAUGUCAUCAUUUGAAGCAGACAUGUCAUCUGCUUUUAACGGAACUGCUUUCGGUGGGGAUCAUUCCAAACAAAACCUCGAUCCAGAAAAACACAACGCCCAGAUCGGGGGAGUAGUGGCGGGUGUUCUUAUGAUCGUCUUCAUUGUUGCCAUUAUUGUCACAAUCGUUCUGUGUCGUAGGCGACACUCGGGCCAAUGGGAGCCUAAUCAAGGAGACAACUACGGGAAUAUUCUCAAUAAUGCAACACUAAGAACCAAGCCUCAUCGAGACCCGCCUGUUGGUGGAGAGUUGUAUGGUAUACUAGAAUUGCCGACCUACACGUCUGGAGUUUAUCACAAAAAAUCAACAUCAAACCUCGGUCUCCAGUCUCAAGAUCGAAGCUUAAAAGACCCUAGUCCAACAACUAUACCUACAAAGAACGCUAAUCUAAAGCCACGUUGUGUGAGUGAAUCGGAAUCAGAAUAUAAAAGCAAUUUGUCUGAGUUUUAUGAAUCUGACAAAGAUGAACUAUUUGGUUUGGAGAAUAUAACAGCCAAUAGGUCCAUUCCUCGAGGAAGACACGGUGAAAAACCCCUCUCCAAUCUUAAGUUAUCGCAAUGGCGGGAAAACAAAGAUCGCUCAAUAGAUGUCAUCAGUGCGAGUGGCCUUGACCUCAGCCCCGAAAGGGCAGCCUUUCAAAAUAGACAAUCCCUGAAUAAGGCGGACGAUAUUAUUCCAAGUGAUUUCCAAAAUAAGGAGCACGAAAAUCAAGCAAAUGAUAAUGAAUCUCGCUCUGACAUUUAUAUAAAUCAAACUUCCGUUAGGGAGGAAGAUACAAAUAAAUGUAAAGAAUGCUUAUUUGAAACCUAUGAGGAAAACGGGAUGCCAGUUUCUUUAGUAUGAUCUGUUUUGUUUAUAGACAGUAGUGACAAUAACGAGUGUAACGUACGACCCGAUGUAUAUGAAUGAUAAUAUUUAUUAACACAUAAACUAUUUUAUUUCUAUUGUCACGAUUUAUGUUUUACAAUUGGUUGGUCGACAUUUUGAUGUUUGUGCCCCCCAUUGCAUUUUAUCCCGAUAAAAUCCAUUAGAUGUUGUGUCAGCACUUAAUUUUACUGUUGUUUCUUAUGAAAGGAUUGAAUAAUUGAAGGAUUUAGCGUGCAUGGAAAGAAGGAAGAAGUCAUGCGAAGAUAUUCUUGAUUACUAAAGGGGAACCUCGAUACGGAAAGGGGAUUUCAAUGUUGUACAUGUAAUAUCAUAUUUUAUAUAAUUAUCAACACAAAUAAUAACAAUUUUUAGGAAUAUAUAUGAAUGGAGAAUCAUUUCGACUUGAAACUAUUUUUAAAUUGGUGCUAAAUACGCUGUCAGAGAGAUUUAUCAUGCAGAACCGAUUCUGAACCGAUUGUGAACCACUAAAACUGAUGCAUAUUCAAGUUUAAGGGAAUUUUGUAAUACUCUGCCAUGUUAUUUCCCCCGAAUCAGCC